GCAGCCGUUCUCCAUAGUGAUCUCACCUCGCCUGCCUACGCAGUUGGCGCAAGUUUUACCUGUCAGUAGGAGAAGGAGGCUUUUGCCUAGCUCCUCCCGCCCGGCCACUAAGGCUUUUGCGCAGCAGCAGCUUCUCUCAACUGGAGAGGAAGUGGGAGAAAAUCAUCCUAGGCGGUCUUAGCGGGCGCUGUGAGGAAGGAGGCUGAUUGGUUCGAGCCGGCCGUGACGCAGGAGCUUUCUCUGGCCGAAGAGGAGGCCCCCUCUGCGGCGUGGGGUCUUACGUGAGGCCCGUGCUUGAGGCCUGUGCGGAAGGGUAAGAAGGCCUUCGCCGCCUGGGAAGAGGGAAAGAGAAGUUAUAAGGACAGAAGGUGAUUUUAGAGUAUGGAAAGAAAAUCAGACGGAGAAAAGAUGAUUGAUUACCUCUCUGAUUCCUGAUUCUAAGCUAAAAAGAAAAUGUCUCUCUAUGACGAUUUGGGAGUGGAGACCAGUGAUACCAAAACAGAAGGCUGGUCCAAAAACUUCAAACUUCUGCAGUCUCAGUUGCAAGUGAAGAAGGCAGCUCUCACCCAAGCAAAGAGUCAGAGAUCGAAGCAAAGCACAGUUCUUGCUCCCGUGAUUGAUCUGAAACGAGGCAGUGCGUCUGAUGAACGACAGAUCGUAGACACCCCUCCCCAUGUGGCAGCUGGCCUGAAGGAUCCUGUCCCCAGCGGCUUUUCUGCAGGAGAUGUAUUGAUUCCUUUGGCUGAUGAGUAUGAUCCUAUGUUCCCCAACGAUUAUGAGAAAGUAGUGAAACGCCAACGGGAAGAACGGCAAAGGCAGCGCGAGUUAGAGAGGCAGAAAGAGAUUGAAGAAAGAGAAAAGAGGCGCAAAGACAGGCAUGAGGCAAGUGGGUUUUCAAGACGACCAGAUCCAGAUUCUGAUGAAGAUGAAGAUUAUGAAAGGGAGAGACGGAAAAGAAGUAUGGGAGGAGCUGCCAUCGCACCGCCUACUUCUUUGGUUGAGAAGGACAAAGAACCUGUGUCGUCAUUCCCCUACGAAGAAGAGCCAAGGUCCCGUGGUUCAUCUUCGAAAGCAGCCAUUCCUCCUCCAAUGUACGAUGAGCCUGAGAGGCCUCGAUCCCCAACCGGGCCUAGCAAUUCUUUCCUUGCUAAUAUGGGAGGCACGGUGGCACACAAGAUUAUGCAGAAGUACGGCUUCCGUGAGGGCCAGGGUCUUGGGAAGCACGAGCAGGGCUUGAGCACUGCGCUGUCAGUGGAGAAAACGAGCAAGAGGGGUGGCAAAAUCAUUGUUGGUGAUGCUGCUGAUAAAGCAGAUGCAUCCAAGAAAUCAGAUUCGAAUCCUUUAACAGAGAUAUUAAAGUGCCCUACCAAAGUGGUUCUGCUACGGAAUAUGGUCGGAGCUGGGGAGGUUGACGAAGAUCUUGAAGGUGAAACCAAGGAGGAAUGUGAAAAAUAUGGCAAAGUUGGGAAGUGUGUCAUCUUUGAGAUUCCAGGUGCUCCUGAUGAUGAAGCUGUGCGAAUAUUUUUAGAGUUUGAAAGAGUUGAAUCUGCAAUUAAAGCUGUUGUUGACCUGAAUGGAAGGUACUUUGGCGGACGAGUAGUGAAGGCGUGUUUCUACAACCUGGACAAAUUCCGAGUCUUGGACCUUGCAGAGCAAGUCUGAUUUUUCAUUUUUUUCUGUAAAGGCCAAACAUGGAUGCAUCACCUCAUGUUCUUCAGCUGCAUCCUGGGAGCAGAGCAAAAGACAGCAUCACUUACAGCAAACUGGAACUAAGCUCCUGAAUCAAUCUUUCUUAUUCAUUGUGAUGGACACAGUUUAUUUUUAUUGUAGUAUAAAAUUCCAUAAAGAAUAUUGCCUGUUUUUCUUUUAA